AAGAAUAUAACUUAAACGGCAUAAUAGACCCCAACUUGAACAAAUUAACAAAAGCAAAUUCAAGUUAUCUAAUGGAAAAUGAUCUAAAAGAAUUAAACGAAAUGCAACAGUAUAUAACAUUUGACACAUGCGAUACAAAUGAAAAAAAUAUAAUUCAACCCGAAGCUCAAAAAGACAACGAAGUAACCAGUGAAAAAAAUAAUUUAGCUAUGUUAGAAGAAAACUUUCUUGAAUUUAAUCACAUAUCUGAUCUAAGCCCAAACAAUGAUAUAGUUUGUAAGCCAAUCACUAUGCUAGUCACUACAGCAGUUGCUACUUCAGUUGUGAAGAAAACUAUUUACAAAAGGAACCAAUAUGGACAAAUUUGGGGACUUGCACACAAAGCAACUCUGCUUGCUCUGAAAAAUAAAAAAGAAGAUAUUAGAACACUGGUAAAUGACUCUAUGCAAAUCAAGGAUUUAGUAGCGAUAAAUCAGCAAUCUGUUUCGAUAACCCCUAAUACAAUUGAACAAUACGUUAAUCAAGAUAAUAGAGAAGAAGAGCAAGUAUAUGAAGUAAAUGAGUAUACUUCAACAGG